AUGCCGCAAUUUCCAAUGUACCGGAAGGGCAACGGAACAGGGAUCCGGAAUCAGGAGGGCAACAGCACUGGAAUCCGGAAUUCUUGGCCCACCCUGCACUUCGGCUCCCUGGCGCCUGAUCCGGUGUGGCAGUUUAGACCUGAGGCCAUGGCGAGAGUCAGAAACUCCACGGGGAAACUGCACCCGUCCGUCUAUCUGGUAAAGAGCACUAAAAGGUUGCCAAAACUGGCUCAGUACGAAACAGUAAAGUAUACAGGAGAAGGAGAAACGCGUGAGACUGAAGCCCACUGCCGGACGGACCAAAGCGGGACCAUCGGGCACUACAACACCUGCGCUGUGGUCGGCAACAGCGGCGUGUUGCUGGGCAGCCACUGUGGGAACGAGAUCGACUCAAAAGAGUACGUCAUCAGGAUGGACAUCCCGGUUGUCAGGGGUUACGAGAAUGACGUCGGCAGACGGACCAGCAUGACGAUAUUAAACAUGGGCACGCCCCAACGGAUACGGAGCUCGUCGAAGUUGAAGAAUAGAACCCAGGACGUGUACGAGAGUCGACUGAGGAAUAUUGACGGGACGACGCUGGUCGUGCAUGAAAGUACAAGACGUAAAGUCAUCAGAGUGGCCAGAAAGUACCGCGUCACUUUCUCCUUAUACUCCAUCAAGGGAAGAUUAAAACGGGGGAUCAACCCCCUCGCGUCCAGGAUAGCUCACAAAAAGAUGGGCGGGCCCCCAACAACCGGCAUGAUCACGGUUCUGAUGACGACGACGUUCUGUGAGCGGCCUUACCUCUACGGCUUCUUCCCGUUCCAACGUGAUGCCCGGAACACGCCCAUCCCCUAUCACUACUACCCGGGAGACUUCAUCAAACCGAUUCUACAGAACAAGGGCGGGCAUCACCACAUGGGGAGGGAAUACGACUUCCUUAGAGACUUACAUAAACAGGGCGUGCUGAAGAUGCAAGUCGGUACUUGUGGGAAGAAUUAAGCACGUUUAUAGCGCUCU